GCUGUCAGCUGCGCCGGAAGUUCCUGGUUCUGCCUGGCGGUAACCUUGGGGUCUUCACUGCCACCUCUGCAGUGGUGGUGGGCUUUGCGCGUCCGAGUCUCGGCCUAGGCCAGGCUUGUUAGCUGCCAGGAGCCGCAGGGGUUGUGCAGAAGGACGCUGCGGGCCGCGGAGAGCAGGAACCACGGGCGCAGGACCGCCCGGCCGACAUGUCUCUAGUGGCGGAAGCCUUAGUCUCGCAGAUCGCAGCUACAGAACCUUGGCCUGAAAAUGCUACAUUGUAUCAGCAACUGAAAGGGGAGCAAAUUUUGCUUUCUGACAAUGCAGCCUCUCUUGCUGUACAGGCCUUUUUGCAAAUGUGUAAUCUGCCUAUCAAAGUGGUUUGUAGGGCAAAUGCAGAAUAUAUGUCUCCAUCUGGUAAAGUACCAUUUAUUCAUGUAGGAAAUCAAGUAGUAUCAGAACUUGGUCCAAUAGUCCAAUUUGUUAAAGCCAAGGGCCAUUCUCUUAGUGAUGGGCUGGAUGAAGUCCAAAAAGCAGAAAUGAAAGCCUACAUGGAAUUAGUCAACAAUAUGCUGUUGACUGCAGAGUUGUAUCUUCAGUGGUGUGAUGAAGCUACAGUAGGGGAGAUCACACAUGCUAGGUAUGGAUCUCCUUACCCUUGGCCCCUGAACCACAUUUUGGCCUAUCAGAAACAGUGGGAAGUCAAACGCAAGAUGAAAGCCAUUGGAUGGGGUAACAAGACUCUGGACCAGGUCCUAGAAGACGUGGACCAGUGCUGUCAGGCGCUUUCCCAGAGGCUGGGAACACAACCAUAUUUCUUCAAUAAGCAGCCUACUGAACUAGACGCACUGGUAUUUGGCCAUCUGUACACUAUUCUGACCACACAGCUGACCAAUGAUGAACUUUCUGAGAAGGUGAAAAACUAUAGCAACCUUCUUGCUUUUUGUAGAAGAAUUGAACAGCACUUUUUUGAAGAUCGUGGUAAAGGCAGCUCAUCUAUCAGAUUGUCUUAGAGUUAUGUGUUAAUUUAGUUAUUAUUAUACAAAAUUUAACUUUUGAGAUAUGUGUUACUUGAAUGACAUAAUAAUGGUAUCAGAAUUUUAAAACCAAAACACUGCUUCUUGAAACCUCAAAAACAAGUUAUAUAGUGUAUCUUAUACAUGUACUUUAUACUGUUGUUUAUGUGUACACACUGAAAUAAUUCUGAAUGAUUUCAUUUGAUAUGUUGAAUUCUGUAUCUUGAAAUUUUUGUUUUCUUGAAAUGUAUGCAUAUAAAAAUAAACCCUUAACAACUGUA